CAGUCAGUAAGAGACAUUCACUCUUCUUAAGCCAUCCGGCAAAAAUGCAGAUAUGUAUCCAUUUAGGCAGCUGGACCUAAACUUAACUUUUGGGCUAAGUAGUUAGGCUGGUAAUUGGAAGAUUCCCGGUUCGAAUCCUGACUUGGCUAAUUGUUGUUUUUGUGUCCCUGGGCAAGGCACUUCACAUUAUGUUGCUCAGUAUUAUUCGUCAUACAAAAAGUUGGGCAAACACCUAUACAGCCACGCCCUUACAUGAUCGGCGCCACAGCAAGUAGACAGGAACACCAGCUUUGUAACUCGGACCUGGUCCUACCCAGUCCGUUGGCUUAGCUACUCUCACAGGCUACCCUCCGAACUCCAGCAGUCCACCUACAUUGUAGCAUGAAGCACAACGCAAUGUUUUCCUGCGACCAUGACAUCUACCGAUCAUAACGGAGCGGCUAAAUCACUUGACCCGUGCCACCCCCAUACUGUUCCCACCAAUACCAUAUCCCCCAAAUUGGUUCCACACACUUGGCUACAAUGAAUCAAUGGAAUGGCACAAUGUGUCGAACACUUACAUUGAUUUCAACGUGAGUUGGACAAAAUUGCAAGCUUACUUUUCAUGACUGGCAACUUAACGAUUUGGUCCCCUCAUCUGGAGGAAAGAUGACAUUACCGCAAAUUUAAGAAUGCAUUACAGAUCUCAGUGUGUUAUUGCAAUACAUUUGGGGUCGUUUAAGAUGCAUAAAUCAGUCAGCGAUUACUAUACAAGAACACUUAAACUAAGAAGAUAUUUAAUGUAAUGCUUCAUGAAGAUGCACCUUGCUUCUGAAAUGUAACAACCCAAUAGGCAGAUAAAAUAAACUGGUCUGACGCAUUCAACGUUGCAGAACUGUGACGUUUAAGUGGCUUGAAUGCAACUUCGCUGAGGUCUCCUCUUGGGUUUACAAUGGUGUCAUUGGUUGAGGUGCUUUGUCUCGUGCUGGUGGCGGUGUUGUGGGGCUGUACCAAUCCAUUUCUGAAGAGAGGCACAGAGGGAAUCGAACAAGUGAAAAAAGAGAAUACGUUUCUUCAGUUCCUGGCUGAGGUCAAGUUCCUGUUUUUAAACGUUAAGUACCUUAUACCAUUCCUGCUGAAUCAGAGCGGGUCCUUGGUUUACUAUUUCACCUUGGCCACCACAGAUCUCUCUCUGGCGGUGCCUGUGGCCAACUCUCUCAGCUUCCUCCUCACCCUGCUCACAGGGAAGCUGCUCGGGGAGGAGUUUGGAGGGAAGAGAGCUGUUGGAGGAAUGGUCCUCACCAUGACAGGGAUCAGUCUGUGCAUAACGAGCUCCAUCUCUGAGACUGAGAGCACGGGCCAGCAGAAUGGCACACAACUAGAUCCAUAGAUCACCAUAGAUCUAGACCCAUUACGUGGAACUACUCAGCGCUUCACUGUGUCUAUUGCUAUGCGUUCAGCACUACAAAGGAUGUCUGGGAAUAUUUUUAACUAGGCAUCAUUUCAUGCCAGCUAGUUUGAGGUGUAUAUACUAGAAUAAAGAAAGGACAUUGAAAAGAAGGGGUUUAGUAAACUGAAAAUUAUCAUCAAAGGGAUGUUCACUCAUUUUGGUAGACAGCAAAAUGUGACAUCCACAUUUUCUGCAAUGGAAGAAAUAUUUUUAAAACUUGCACAAUUUAGUUAAAAUAAAGACAUGUAAAAAUGGGUGAACUUUCCUUUUAAUUAUUCCCCUUCAGUUUAACUAAACUCUAUUUUUUAUUUGACUUUACUAUAAUAAUCUUGAUGUCUACUGAAGUCAUAUAUCAUCCAUAGACUUAGUUGUCAUUAACAGAAUAUACUUAAUACUGUAUUGCAUACUUCCUCAACUACAUGAUUAUUUAGGUUGACCAAAGGGGACCAAAACAUUUUGGAACACAGAAUGGAAAUGGACUACAGGGGUUACUGGAAAAGUUCACAGUUCUCCCUACCCUGGACACUGACCUCUGAAAGCCAAGAAGUAGAGUGAUUGGACCAUGAGUCAAGGAGAACACGCAGGCAAACUCAGCAGGAUGUCAGCACACUCAUUGCUGGGGCUCUAAUAUGUAAUGAGUAUUGUAAGACUUGAGGUCAUGUUGGGUUCAUACUAGCCAGGAUCCAGCUUUACUGCCUGACUAGUUAAAGCCAAGCCAGACAUUCUGGUCACUCUGAUGCCAUUCUGUGUGAAUGCUGCCAAAGGACAGGCCUUUUGUCCUGUAGAAGACCACAAUCAAUGUGUUAAUUAUGAAAAUGGACCAAAUAUAGUUUGCUUGUUGAUAUCAGUGCUGCUACUUUGUCAGUGAGACAAACCGCUAUUAUGAUAAAAUGUCUUCAUCUAUGUACAGGGGUUAUUUUGAUAUUAUACUACAAAGUUGUUUGAUGCCUGCUGAUGUAUUAGUAUUGUAUAUUUGUAAGAAGAAAGUAUACAUUUUGUUUGAGUUGUUGUAUCCCAUUUUUAUUCAGAAGUGAUGGCAUUUUGAAUUGUUGGAUCCUACUCCCAAUACCCUAAUUCCAUAAGACAUUGCUGUUGAUUUUGUAAGGUAUGAAAUAUUACCAGUUGUAUAUUUCCUUUGGAUAUUAAAGUCUAUUUUGACAAAACA